AGAUCAAGAAAUGGAACGAUAAUUUUCAGUUUUGGAACACAAGUUCCAGGAAAAGUCUAUCCCAGAUAUGCAGUGAAGAACUUUGUGAAAGUCUUCAAGAAAUAUUCUGAAUACACUUUUCUAUGGAAAUAUGAAAUUCAACCAGGAGAGGAGAAAAUGUUCGAAGAAGCUAAAAAUGUCAUUUUAGUGGAUUGGCUGCCACAAACUGAUUUGCUGUACGACCAACGAGUUAUUGGAUUUAUCUCUCAUGUUGGUUUGAACUCGUUCAAUGAAGCGUCUUACGCAGGAAAACCAAUUAUAGCGAUCCCAUUGUUCGCUGAUCAACCACACAAUGCUGCGAAUGUGGAAAAACCAGACCAACCAAAAGAGCGAUUUGUGCAAUGGAUGGAAUACGCAGCGGCGAAUCCAGGGCUUCACAGGAUUUUUGAACUUCCUGGAUCGAGAAUGGGAAUAGAGUAUUACUGUGUGGAUGCAAUUGUUCUGUUGAUUUCUGUAGCUGCUUUGGGUUUUUAUCUGAUCGUGAAAGUAACGAAAAUCUUAUCUUCAAAAAUCAUGUUAAUGAAAAAGGUGAAGCACGAGUAG